CCUGUCUGUCUGUCUGUCUGUCAAGCCUGUUAUUUUGGUGCGGGCGCGCGCGCUGCCUGACAGCUGGAGCUCGUUGUCGUGAUCCCAGUGCGCGCUCGUCCGCAGGUGGCGUCAGCGUGCGUAAAAACUGUGUCAUCGUGGUGUUUGUGUCUCAGCGGGGCUGCGGAGUGUGUUGCUGUCGAUUCGGAGGCAGGCGGGACGCAGUGUGGUGCGACUGUCGGAGGCAGGUGGCGCAGGAAACACUGUGCUUUUUGGUUUUUUUUCCACAGAUUCUGUGUGGAGUGGAUUACUCGAUGGCGUUGACGUUGAAUCUGAUUGGCUCUUCGCCAUGGGGAUUUAGAAUAUUUGGUGGAAAAGACUUCAAGAAACCCAUAACUGUAUCAAAGGUCAAUCUGGGCAGCAAGGCAGAGCGGGCAGACCUACACCCUGGUGAUGUUAUUGUGGCAAUCAAUGGGGAGAACACAGCUGAUAUGCUGAACAUGGAGGCCCAGAACAAGAUUAAGAACUCAAAGUCCCACCUGCAACUGGUGGUGGACAGACCUGACCCUCCCAGUCCUGGACAGACCAAUGGCAUCAGCUCCCCUGAACAGCUCACUGGACGCUUCCAGGAAUCUGUAUUUGUGAGUCGAGAUGAGAACCAGAACUAUCGAGAGUACACUGUAUCCAGCCCUUCAUCGCUGUCUCCUGGCCCUUACUCACCAGCUCUUCCUGCUAGUCCUAAUGGGCGGAGGCAGACACUGCCCAGCACUAGGAGUGUCCAGCGGCAGUCAUGGUCUCCAGAGGAGAAGAGUCACAGGCUGUCGAGAAGGCUGUCACAGGAGUACUACUCUUCAGACUACAGAACCAACUCUGGGUCCAGCAGAACCCCCACUCCACCGGGGCGCUACUCACCUCACAGCCCCAUUGAUGGGGAUGCACCCAUGUCUCCCAGACACAGUUUUAGCUCUGAGAUUGCCAUGCAGAGGUUUGACAAAGACUCCGAGGUGUACAAGAUGCUCCAGGAGAAUAGGGAGUCCCGCACCGCCCCUCGCCAGUCCGGCACCUUUCGAAUGCUGCAAGAGGCACUGGAGGCAGAUGAGAAAGAGGCUGCUUUACGGUUCCCAUCUAAGCUUUCGCCCAACCCGCCCAAGCCGUGCACAACAGUGGGACAAACCAGCAAGUACCACACCUGUGAGAGAUGUGGCACCAGCAUUGUAACACAGGCCGUGCGCAUCACUGACGACCGUUUCCGCCACCCGGAGUGCUACACCUGUACGGAUUGUGGGCUUCACCUGAAGAUGAGAGGUCACUUUUGGUUUGAAGAUUUGAUGUACUGUGAGAAGCACGCCAAAGAGAAGCACCAGGCCCUGACCAGUUCCACUCAAGCCACUGUGUCACCUCAUCACUGAGUCUGCCAACCACCACCAGCUCGGUUGUGCACAUGGAGGGCUGUCCGCCUGAAGGACCACCUCAAUGGACUCAGUUGCAGACAUCAUCAGGAUGGGGCAAGGAGGUGGACCGGUUCAGCUCCGUGACAGACCACAUUUAACCAUAUUCAGCAAUAUUAUGAUGAAUCACAUUGUUAUAAUUGUGAGAGCUUUCAUUCUUCCUGUGACCCAGCUUCCACCAUCUCUCUAGAAAUUUUAGCACCAGUGAUGCACACCAGUUUGUAAAAAAACAAUAUUUACAAAACCUGAUAGAUGAACUCAGUAGGACUGGCUCUGAGGUUUGGGAUUAUUGUGAUAAAAUGUGACUUUAUCAGUCUGCUGCUGGGUGCAAACAGACAAAAAAUUUGGAAAUGUGCUGCGUGUUUGUGUGUGCGGGCAUGCGUGCGCUCCCACAUGCAUGUGUUUCAUCUUUUCUGUUCUACAGCUCAACUCUGAGUUUUAUGCUAUAAUGAGGCCAAAUGCUUUUUGGUUUUACUGCAUUUCUUUUGUAAGCAAAACUUGAUUUGAAUAAUGAAUGAUUAUUUGGCAUUUUGCUGUUUUUUGUUGCUGAUGAGAAGCUAGUCAUUCGGUAUAAAUUUCCUAUUUCUGUGGUCAAACUGAAUUCUAUAAUAUACUAGAUGAAUGCAUGGGACAUGUAUUGUGAAAAUCUUUAUUAUACCUAUGCAGUUACACUAUAAUGCUGGUAUUUCAUGUGGCACUUAAUAAAACCGCACAAGAACAAAGCA